CGUCACAUCGUGACGCCAUCCCGCCGGCGGGGCCCAGACAAGAUGGCGUCGCCCGGGUCCGGCGGCGCCGAGCGGGGCCAGUAGGGACGGCGGGCGGUGACCGCGGGACGGGCGACAGCGGGGCCGAGGGCCGCAGGUUCUAGAUGGCUUCUAAGAAGUUGGGAUCCGACUCUCAUGGGCCUUUCAGUUACCUUGAUGAUGUCCCAUUUAAGAUAGGAGACAAGUUCAAAACCCCAGCAAAGGUUGGAUUACCCAUUGGUUUCUGUCUAUCUGAUUCUUCUCAGCUUGUCAGAGAAGCCCAGUAUGACUUCUCACUGGAAAAGAAAACAAUCGAGUGGGCUGAAGACAUCAAAAAAAUUCAGGCUGCCCAGAGACAAGCUGAGCACAAGGCAGAAGAAGCUCUAGCAAACUCAAAAGCAGCUCCAGAGGACAACACCAAGAUGGGGUUCUCAGAGGGACCUUGCCCUGAAGCCAUGCCUCCUCCUAUUAACCCCAUCCUUGCUAGCCUGCAGCACAAUAAUAUUCUGACUCCUACCCCAGCCAACACGAGCUCUGUGAAGCAAAAGGUCCUCAGUCCACCUCACCCAAAGGCAGAUUUCAACCCAGCUGAUUUUGAAUGUGAAGAAGACCCUUUUGACAAACUGGAAUUAAAAACUAUAGAUGAUAAGGAGGAAUUAAAAAAUAUCCUUGAAAUUCAUGUUGGUACUACUGGGCCAAUUGUUGCCCAGCUGUUAGAUAAUACAUUGCCUAAAGGAGGGUCUGAGUCUGUGUUGCAAGAUGAGGAAGUUCUGGCAUCCAUAGAAAAGGCCACGUUGGACUUCAAACCCCUUCACAAACCAAAUGGCUUUAUCACUUUACCACAGUUGGGAAACUGUGAAAAGAUGUCCUUGUCUUCCAAAGUGUCCCUUUCCCCCAUCACUUCAGUGAGCAAUAUCAAAUCCCUGUCAUUCCCUAAGCUUGACUCCGAUGAGGGUGAUCAGAAAUCAUCAAAGUUCACAAGCACUUUCCACAGCACUACCUGUCUCCGCAAUGGCACUUUGCUCGGCUCUUUGCAGACCUGUGCUCAGAGCAAAGCCAGUGAACUGAAUGGACACCAUAUGCUUGGUCUUUCCGCUCUAAAUGAGGACAGUGGCAGAGAGACAGUAUCCUCUUCAUCCAGGCUGUCUUCCCUAGCUGUUUCGACUGUUUGUACAGAAGAAGAAUCAUCUCAAAGCACAUCAACUACGCAGGUACACCCAGACUACCAGGAAACAGAAAUCCCUGUGGUAACACACCAAAACUUUGCAGUGUCUAAAGUGUCCAACAGCAGCAGCUGCACGAAGUGGCCGGGCGGUCUCGCGGCCGAGCUGCAGCAGGGCCUCUCCCCCAGUGAGAGGCACUGUGUGGAGACUGUGGUCAACAUGGGCUACUCACCUGAGAAUGUCCUGAAAGCCAUGAGGAAGAAGGGACAGAACAUAGAUCAGGUUUUGGAUUACCUGUUUGCACAUGGACAGCUUUGUGAGAAGGGCUUUGAUCCACUUCUUGUUGAAGCAGCUUUGGAAAUGCACCAGUGUUCAGAGGAGAAGCAGGGAAACCUCUCCUCUUGCCUUUCUGCUCAUUUUACCUGAGUUAACGUGCUUUGCCGGAAAGGAGUAUGUGUGUGUUCCUGAUCCAACGCCCGAAUGCAUUCCUUUAGCUACCAAAAAAAGAAAAAACAGAAGGAAAAAAAUGCAUCAGUCAUGCACUGGCAAGGACCUGAAGAGCAUCAAAAGGAACCUACACAGGUCCUGUGUCACUUUGACUCCUACUACGUGUUGUCCCUUGCAAGGUCAAUUUGUGCCCUGCUUGAUGGCUCUGUGGGCUGCACCAAAUGCAAGGAGCUGGGUCAGCACACACAUUUAGCACGCGUGGAGCUCCACAGAGCUGCUGCCUGCACUACAUCUAGCUAGUCUGAAGCCAGACUGGGUGUAGCCUAGACUAUGCUGCAGCUUGCAGGGCAGGUGUACCCAAAGGACAGAGCUUUUUGAGCUCUCAUAUUUUCUUUCUUCUGGAAAGAGAUAGAAGAUUACAGUAUUAUCACAGUGAUACUGCCAGGAAGCAUUUGACAGCCUUUCGAUAUUUUACAAACUCCCACUGAAAAUGACACUCAUUUCUCACUUUUACAGCAUUUUAUUAAAAACUAUACCUGUAACAAGUGAGAGAUCAAACUAUUGUAAGUCUUUAGUCUGGCUCUCCUAGUUGCAGUGUCUAAAAGUCUUACACUUGAAAACAACAUGAAUAUUCAAACCAGCAGCAGACUUCAGAUCUCAUGGGUUAAAAGAGAGUGUUAUGAUCAUGAGUGUUAUGAAGAGAGUGUUAUGAUCAUUGAGGUCAGAGCUAGGUUUUACAGGCUACAGGUUAUGAAGAUUUACCCAAGAUGUUUUUUAUAUUUAAUUCAGUCACUACCUGUAGACUGUCCAAGUAUCUUCUUAGUUUCACAAUACCAAAAAUGUACAGACUCUGAUUUUAGAGUUUCUUUUAAAAGAAUUUCAUGGGCUUACACUCAGGAUUCUCGGGAAUCACAGAAUUGUUUAGGCUGGAGAAGACUUUCAAGAUCAGACUUCUUUCUAUUCAGGUACCAACACCCUGUGACACUCAGUUAUUCACCAGCAAGUACUCAAGAAAGCAUGAAGUACAGAAACACAUUCACUUCACAGGCCACCUCCCCAGUACAAAUACUAAAUAUUCCAGUGUAGGAAAAGCCUCUAUGCAAAAGAGCAUCUACAUUUCCAAAGCAGAGCAAGCCACCUCCUAUUUACAGCACACUAAGAGGUACAGUUCUGCGUAGACUUCUGCACUGCUGGCUCAUACCCUGGAACCUGUAUCACCUUCAGCCUCACUUAGAGAAGCCCCCAGUCACCACUGAGCUUCACUUGUUUGCAUUACAGGAGAUGCAAACCUUUCUGCAGCAUUUACACUUACAGGCACUUCUGCUUUAUCGUAGAUGGCAUUUUUCUGCUCCUUUGUCCCUCUUUGCCUUACUGUGGACACUUAUCAAAACAGUUUGCCUCAGGAGUGCAUUUAUUCCUGUUCCUUCCUUCAUACAUACAAAUUGAUAGUUUUUAUGCUCCUAAGUAUUUUAUUCCUAAUUUGAGAUAGAAGUCUAAGUUUAAGUGGUAAAAAUAACUGGCAGGUUUUAUGAAUCAAACAUGGCAAUUCCAAGCCAGUAUUCCUUAGAAGGGACAAAACCUUCUAUAUACAAUAUGGGACACUUAUACUACACAUAACAUUUUCCAUGCUGUGUUUACCUGUCUGGCAAUAAGAAUAGAUUAAAAAUACUUAAUUUUCAAAAUGGUAUCUCUUCCUUCUUAAAUUGUUUUUCAGUCACUUUUCAGACAAAUUAAACUGAACACACAUACUACCUUGGUUAUUUUUUCCUCUCAAUGGAAUGCAUAUAUUCAUUAUUCUGUGGUUCAUUUUUAUCCUAAAACACAUGCUAGUAGUUGAAUUCAAAACAUUCCCUAGACAUAAUAGUAGCUUACUGCCAAAAGACUUUGGUUUAUUUCUACUCCUUCCAUUUUUGUUUGUCGAUCCGUGUCUUUGGCAUCAGCUGCCCUUUCACUGCCAGCCAAGUCAAUGAAUGAUAUCCUAGAAGAAACAAAGUUGCAGUUAUCUUAGGGGCUUUUUUUCCAUCUUCUUUUUUUCUUUAUUAAACCAGCAGGCUGCAACAUAUGGCAUCAGAAGAGUGAUUAGAAAUGACUACUUUUGAACAACAAGAAACAUCCACUGGAAAUACCUGAGACACCAAAAUAAGCAUAGCAGCAGAAACCAUUUCAGAGCAUCUCAACAUUAAAUAAUAGAAAGUGUAGUUACAUGUGAUGACACUGCUCUACAGUUUAACGGGUAAGCUGUGUAAAGUACAACACAUUCAUCUCUCCACAUAAUCACUGUUUGUAGUUUCCUAAGAAAAAGGCUAAAAGGAAUUGUAAGUGUUUUGAUUUCUCCUCCCAGGUAAAACAGACAACUGCUGUUUGUUGACAUCAAAUGGGAAUUCAAGACAAUAGGAAGAGAAAUUUCCAGUGUAGAAAGUAAUACACUGAGCUUUCAUCGAUCCCUGUUGUUUCUUUCCACAAAACUCCAUUAUUCCCUUUCACACUCCCUAGCUCUGGGUGCCAGCUGCUCUACUGACUGUUGCACUGUAUCUUUGUCUUUGUCCUUCCUCUUUUUCUGCAACAGCCCUGACUUCUUUUAUAGGCACAUCUUGGCAUCCUUCCCUCAGUUCAGCUCCACCUCCCUUUUAGACAUACAAACCCCCCCAGUUCAGAUGCCACAACUACAGAAACCUCUAUAUUUUUAUUUCUAAGCCUGCCUGUUCUGUCUUUUCCUCUCUUCAGUGUUUGUGGCUCUUCCAUUUUGCCUUAUGUUCAAAAUUAGAUCCUGGGAAAGAAGACAGUGUGGUAGCUAAUGAUUGUCAACUCUUUAGCUGGCAAUUUGAAUGAACUAUUUUGACAAAGCUCUUGCAGAUGUGCCUAAAACAUUCUCCUUGGAAACAGAGAAAGGACUGUGGAACUUUUUGAAGUCCCCUUUAACUCUGUCUUCUAAUUUAGCUCACACUUGUGCACUAACACCUUCUCUUUGUCUCUUGGAUGUCCCUGGGCUUGACAUCAGCACAGUGCACUUCUGCUUCUGGUCUUACCUUCCAAAUGCCCUGUUGGCCAUGUCUUUAAUUUGAAUUUGGAUGAUAGCAUGAGACCGAGAGGAAUCUGAGUUGACUGCAGUAGUUCCUGUGCUACGUUCUUUUCCCCCCUUCAAAAUCACCUGCAAAAUAAGGGGGACAAAAUCAAAAAGAAUUGUAAAUGAAACCACAGUCUCUCAGAAAGAGAUCUUGUUCUCCUAAGGUGAGGAAACAUUGUGAGGAAAGGUGUAUUACAGCCUUAAGAUUUGGUGCAAGGCAGUAGAGAUAGACUGGAUCCCUUCCAAUAUUUCUUUCAGAGCUUUGUGCGUGGACUUACUUGUAGUGACGCUACAGAGCUUAAAGAGCACACUGCAUGCAACAAUCUGUUGCAUCACGCACUCACUCAUAUUUGCAAAAUAUCCAAAUUAUAAAAUUAAAUUCUUGCUUAUAUUGCUGGCAUACUUUUGUAGUACUACAGAUGCAAUCUAAGAGACUUAGGAUAUUGCUCAUCUAUUGUGUUCUUUUAAAAUUUUACUUUGUCUUGUAGUAGGUGAAUGCAGUUAUCCAGAAAGUCACACGAAAAGUUAUAAACUGCCAAAACCUUUCUAAAUUCCCAAAACUAAAAAAAAAAAAAAAAAAAUGCCAGAGUAAGGAACAAACUUAGAAGAUUAAUCAUACUCAAUAGAACAG